GCGACGAGUGGGGGAAACUGCUGGUGUUGUCCUGCCUGCUGAGAGAGCACCAGAGUUGCAGCCAGUCGCAGCCAGCGAGUAUCUUGCCUCAUCGUGCCUGCGUCAGGCGUGUGAGUGGUGGCGAUGAUUUAGUUGGUUGGAGAGAAUCGUGGGCGUGCUUAUUCAGACGCGAGUUUGAAACCAACGUGAAUAUUUUUACAAUUUUCAUUUACAAAUCGGCCUAGAGUUUUGACAGUCUUCAGGUUUUAAUUCGUGGAACGUCUUGUUUCAUUACUCGUGCCAUUGCGAAGUGUGUGCAUAGCGAAUUCGAAAGUGGAUGUGUGUGUAUGCGUUCGUAUGCAUUGUUGACAAUUCUUAUGUCAAGGAUGAUGUUGUGCAACUAAGUAGCCUUUUUGCAAAUAUAAUUAUCUCUGAGUUUUUUCGUGUGAAAUGUAUGUUAUUAUAUUGGACACUAUUUUCAUUUGACAUGUCAUUCUGAUGUUUUCUAAAGAUUUUUCUUUCAUACCACUUUUGAUACAAUGGAAGAUAACGAGCGUAAUGAACUCAUAGAAAACGGAAGAAUUCACAGUGUUCUGCGAUCAGCCUCUAACCGUGUCAUAGAAAAAGAGAAGUACGUUAAUGUUUCAAUAGUUUCAUCAAAAACAAAACUAAGACACAGAAAUGUGAAAGGACAUAUAUCACAGUCUCAUCAUGCAGUAGCACAUGUAAAGGACGGGGAUAAAUCUGAAGCUGGCUUGGAUUUUGACAAUAUAGUUGCUGAUAAGUCACUCUCUGAAAAUGGAAUGACAAGGAACAAAAACUUUCACACUGUGGCUGAUCAACAUGUCUUCAACAAUUUGCCUAUCCAUAAACAAAAUGAUCAGACCACAAAUUCAAGCAAUUGCAAAUCAAGUAUUAAAAGAAGUGCUUAUUUGUUCUACAAAGCUGCAGGAGACUGGUGGAAUGUCUUUCCAAAGACUGAUUACACCUAUUCCAAAUCGUCGAAUUGCCGGAAGGAAAUAGCUCCUGGUGUAAUGACUAUGCCGAACAUGUCACGUUCACCACUUCAUUCUUAUUUGGGAAGAAAAAGUAUGGAAACUUCUUCCCCGAGACUAAAUAGAACAUUUGAUAAAAGCUUAUCAGGUCUGUGGUGUAAUUCAGCAAGUACUUCCCCUCUGGCUGCUUUGUCAACAUUUAUGUCAGGAGGGGUGAAUUUACUGCCUUCUUCAUUGGUGCAGAAAACCAGUACAUAUGGAGUAGAGAAGCUUGCAAAUCCACCAAUGGAAGAUGAAAAUCUAGACCUCUUAGUUCAGAAGAUACUGUCUAGUUCUGAGUUCAAGAAUGUACUUCUUGUGCAGGAUUUUAGAAAUAAGGAGCACCUUAUGUAUAAUGAAGAAAUGUUUCUUUCUUCUGUAAAACUGGAACACAAGAAGCUUAAGAAUAAGGAAUUGGAAUUGGCUUUAGCAGAGCAAAAAAAAAUACUGUUAGAACAUCAAGCAACCAAUGAACGUUUAAGUCUGGAAUAUUCAGUUUUGAUGGAUCGAAUGGAGCAAUUGAAGAUACAAAUGAAGUCAUUGCAGGCCCACAAUGUUCAUCUCUCAAGACGAGUUGGAGAGUGCCGCAAAAUUUUUAUUCAAACUUUUCCCAAAGUAGAAAUAGAAAAACAUGUCUCUAAUUUCCUUCAUGGGUUAUUCGAUAUACCUGAUGCCGAAGGCAACAAUAAAGAGACGAUGAAAAGUUGGAUUAAGACUCUAUUAAUAGCAAAAGAUAAUUUAGAAGAUCACUUGGCAGAGACAAUGACCAUUGUAAAUAAAAGAAUUGAAGAAGCUACUGGAAAGUCAGCAGAGACUCUAAUGGCAUCCAUUUCUGAUAUGAUGAAGGAAGAGUUUUUGAAACAGGAAAAAAAACUACAUGCUGAUACAAUUAAAUAUAUAUCUGUUACUGGAGAAACAAUUUCAGCAAAUUCUUGUGAUGGGUGUUCAUUGUCAAUUGACAAGGUCAAAGAAAUUGUAAAUAAUGCUUUACAUCGUUACGAUGCUGACAAAACUGGGAUGGUUGAUUAUGCCCUUGAAAGUGCGGGAGGAACAGUUAUAAAUAUCAGGUGUACAGAAAAUUACAAUGAGAGAUCACUUGCAUUGUCAUUUUUAGGAAUGACAUUCCCGUGGUCUAGUAACCAUCCACGUAUUGCCCUUCAACCUGAGAUUCAUCCAGGAAAGUGUUGGGCAUUUCGUGGAGCUCAAGGUUAUUUGGUUAUUCGACUAGCUAAAAGAAUUAAAGUGUCAGCAUUCAGCAUUGAACACAUUCCUGUAUCUAUAUCACAUGCUGGAAAUAUAGAUGCUGCUCCUAAAAAUUUCUCAGUGCAGGGUUUGAACAAUGAAACUGACAGGGAUCCAGUUUUAUUGGGAAAGUACAUGUAUCAAGCUACUGGGCCACCUCUUCAAAUAUUCCCGGUGCAGUUCAGUUUGGAUGGUGAUUUGGACGUGAAAUUAGUGAAAAAGCAUAUAGAAAAUGUGUGGAGACUAUUAUAUUUCCUUACAGGAAGAGGUAUGGAAUAUGGCGUCGUGUGGACGCAACGUCCCAAGGCUAUGGACGGAAUGGUGGAAGAGAACGGGACAACUGGCAACCCUCCAGGUGAUCCCUUGGCCCAUUCUCCUGGGGACACUAAUUCAUCAGUGGUUGUGACUUCGGUACAGACCUCCUCUUCUCAGCCACAUCAGAUUGUGGCUGCCACCAGCAUCGUGCAACUCACUCUCCCAACACAUGUAAACAACAAUACUGCUACAACCCAGGUCCAGUCAGUAAUUCAACCAAAUCAGCAAUCGGUUAUUCAGACUCCUGCUAAUAUUCAGCCUGUACAGCUUCAGAAAGGGAAUGUAAUUUUAGUUAGUAAGCCAAACUCUGUGAUUCAGACAACUCCUGGGAGUCUACAAACUUUGCAGGUGGUAGAAGCAGGAAGUGAUGACAGUCUAUCCAAUGAUGAUGAGUCUGCUAAAAAGACGAGGAGAGAUAUUUUAACUCGGAGACCAUCAUAUCGUAAAAUUCUAAAUGAUCUUGGAGGAGGAGAGAUUGCAGUUGGUAGAGUCGAAUCUUCAUCCGAGUGUGACACUAAUGAGGAUAGCGAGCUGUCGACUAACUCGAUACCUUCUCAGUACCAGACUCAAACAGUUAUUCCUGGAACAAUACAGUUAGCGAGUCAAGGUGAAACUGUUCAAGGACUUCAUACAUUGACAAUGACAAACGCAUCAACAGGUGGUGCAAUUGUUCAUUAUGCUUCCCAAGGUCAGGAUGGACAGUUCUUUGUGCCAGUUGUGACACAAGGUGGAGGCAUAGGAGGGGGACCUAUCAUUGCAGAAGAUCAAGCAAGAAAAAGGGAAAUGAGGUUGCUUAAAAACAGAGAGGCUGCCAGAGAGUGUCGGAGAAAGAAAAAAGAAUACAUUAAGUGCUUAGAAAAUAGAGUGGCUGUUUUGGAGAAUCAAAACAAGGCUUUAAUAGAUGAAUUAAAAUCUCUAAAGGAGUUGUACUGCCAGCAAAAGAGUGAAUAACUCUACUUUAGUGCGGAAUAAGUGUACUACGACAGACAACAAAGUGCAAUGUUAUGACAUUUGAUGCUCAGAUGGCAUUAAAUUGAAUUUCAUGAAGAAAAUACUUAUAAUUUAAAGAUGAUUGGAAGAGGCCGAUUACUGGAGCUGUGAUUGUACUGGUUAUAUCUGCUUGUGUUAUGAUGCAUGAGAAGUGGGUGUUUGGAUUCUAGGGAAGGAGAACAUUUGAACAUAUUCCCUCCAGAGUGCGAGUGAUUAAUUGAGUUUUAGGUUUGGCAAGUUAUGUGUGAGGUUGAGAUGUUUGCAUUACACAGUACCUUGGACACUGAGCAUCGUUCUGCUUUUUUGUAUGUUGAAGAGAAUUUUAAGAAGAACUGUUUUAUAAAAAAUAGAGAAAACAAGAACAAAAAAACAAACAAAAAAUGUUGUUACAGAUGUAAUAUAUUGUACUUGUAAUACUACUGUGGCUGCGUAGUUCAAGUUUCCAAUAAGGCUUGUGAUGGAAAUUAUAAUACAAUGCCAAAGUUAAGUUUAAUGGAUUAUGAAUAUGCUGGAAGAGAAAUUUAAUAUUGUACACAAUCAAGUUUAUGCAUUGUGUGCAUUUAUGCACGCAACUGUUUGUUCAUAAGAUGGUCAUCUUGGUUCAUACUCAGGGGGUAAAUGUGUUAUUUGUGCCAUAAAUCAAAUGUAAUUUUCUUUUGACAAUGAAGUUAGCAGAUAUGCCAAUUACACUGUUUAAUUCCUUUAUUUAAUUUUACUUCAAUUUAUGAAAAAGUACGAUUAUUGAAAUCCCUAAAUUCUAGGCUAUUCUUUCCUCGCUUGAUGUACUUCAAUAAAUUUUUGUUAAUGUCAUUUUAUGUAUUAUAUGGGGGAUACAAACAUGUGAAGCGUUUUAACAUUAUUUUCUUAUGAGCAUCUCAAAAAUGAUAAAACCAUAAGAAUGAAAUUAAUUGGAUCAGUUAUUAAUCCAAGAAAAAAUUACAUUUAACUGUUGGAGAAUGUGGGCUUCGUUUCUUAAAGCUUGUGUUGCAUAAAUUUAAUUUUUCAAAUUUUUGAAAAAGAACUUUGUUUUAUGCUUUAUUGUUGCCACGGAGAAAGAAAAACUGAUACCAUGAAGGAUAUAUGUUUUUUUUUAUCAGUACUCAUUGUUUUAUUUCUGUUAUAGGGAUAAAUACAUUUUCAUGAUAAUGUAAAAGUACUUUUUCUGGUGCUCUUUUUUUUUAGGACAGUUAGUACAAUUUUAUGUGCAUUUUGUAAAAUUUAACCAGCACCAUGUAUAAUGUAUAAUUGAAUUUUCUCCAGCUUGAGCAAGGUCAUUUUGGCAUCAUAACAACACCAUGAAAUUGGGCUACAUUCUCAAUUACGCGGGACAUGUUUAAGAUAUAUUGAUUGCUGAAAUAUUUUUCUGAGAGACUUGCAGACUGCAGUGUCUUUUGAAGUUAGUAAAUGUAGAAAUAUUUUUCUGUACCUUCAUUUGAUGUUGAUGUAUUGUGGUACAACUCUGUAUGUUGAUUACAGAACCCAAGUGAAAAAUAUAAUUUUUUUUUUUGGUCUUCAAAGUACUUUAAUGGUAAAACAGUUUGUAUUUAACUAGAGAGAUCAUUUAUUGAAUGUGUUAAUUUGACUAUGAAAUAUUACAUUUCCAUUCAGUAGCUUAUAAUUUUAUUUUUUAACAGAAUAGCACUUACUAGUCAUUGUUUUUCAUUUGAGUCUAAAUUUAGUGAUGCUAUAAUUUAUCCUGUUGUCAUUUCUCUGUAAUUUGGUCUUGCUGUUUACGCUUAGCCCCAGUGUAAGGAGAUAGUUCUUUUAUGAAUAGUGUGUUACUAAUAUUUCAUUUCAGAUGCAAUAUUUUUGGUGUGUAGGUGAUUUAACUUGUAAAGGGAAGUGAUGAUUUACUUACUCACAUUCUCAUUCUUUCGUGUUCAUUGUGCGUAAAAUGCCUUCAACUUGUAAUUUGUUGUUUACAAUUACUUCUGACUUGUAUUAAUAUUAUCUACAUUUAUUGUGGUGUUUUUCCUUGAGAAUGUUGCAAAUUUGAUGUACAUAAUGUAUGUCGCUGCAUAUUUAAAUCAAAAUUGUUAUUGGGAUAAAUAUUUAAUAUUUAUGGUAAUUUUCAAUUUUCAUUCAAAUAUUUCUUGGGUAUUGGUGUUAAUCUUGAUCAGAUAUUACAAACACUUUUUCUAUACUUAUUCUAUGUGAUGUACACUUUAUGAUUUGAAAGUGAUGCAACUAUUUUUUUAAACUAAGAGAAUAAUAUUGCUUCACCUGCAAAUGAUACGAUUCUAUAUCCACUGUACUUGUUUUUGCAAUCCUUUUGCUGCUGUUUGAGCUUGGUCAAAUUUCAGAUUAGCAAUGACAAGAUUAUUUUGACACCUUUUAGUACCACAUAAAACUUGUAAAAUUUUAAUUAUCCAUGUAAUUCUUUACUGUUGAUUAACACGGGGAAAAUGUAGUGCUUCCUUUAUUCCUAAUCUUUUUUUGAAAAAUGCAAUGCAAUUGUGAGGCCAUAUGAAAUAUGGCUAAAAGUAUUCGAUGUAUCAUUCACUAGGUGGUGAAGGCAUCAAUUACAGGCACUGAUAAAUCUGAGAAACUUUUUUAUCUAGUAGCAAAAGGACUGCAUAUUAUAUAAUUAAUUUUUAGAAAAUUGAAGUAGCUUAUGUAUAUAAUAUAAAUAUAUAUAUAUAUGAGAGAAAGAAAGAAACAAACAAAAUGAUGGAUGAUUGUACAUACAUGUAUUUUUAUUACAUAUCAUGAAAGAAAUUAUUGAAAUAUUGACCAUAAAGAAAAUGGAUGGUUUUCAUUCUUUAUAAGUCAAGGUUAGCCUGGCUGCAACUGUUGCCUUCUUUUGUAAACAAUCGUAAUGCCACCAUUUUAUAAAUAGCACAUUUGUAAAUAUUGAAAAAUCUUAUGUAGAGACCAUAAGAGAAUAUAAUCUUUGAUGAUAUUUUUGUUUUAUUUCUACAUUUUAUGUUGAUAUUAGCACCUUAAAAUUAUAAUUCAGUUUAAAGCAAGGAUGGCAAUAACUGAAAUUAUGUGAAAUUAGGCAUUUAGUUACGAUUUCUUGUGAACAGAAACUUUAGUCCUAAGCACACUCGAUCGAUGAAGAUCCCAGAAUCUAUUGUCUAGUAACAAAUCUGCCUCUGGAACAAAACUUGACUGGUGCUGGGAAUAGUUUGUUCCAGGAUCAUAACUAUAACAUGGGAGUAUAUCACAAAAAUAUACAUAAAAAUACAAUUUUGCUGCCGGUGACAGAUAGUGUGAAUGAAUGGUCUUGUUUGUACAAUAGUACCGUCGGCGAGUGCUGGGACUAGACUAGUGAAGCACCCAACUGUUUCUACCCUGAUGUGUUAAGAAGCAAUUUUUUUUUAUAUUACAAAUUGAAUACAGUUUUGUUUCUCUAACCAUGACUUACGUUAGUGUGAUAAGUAUGUACAAGCUUUUAGAAUUGUA